AUGCUCAAGGCCCGCGAAACAGUCAAAGGUUGCUGGCUCUCGAGUCUCCUCCGACAUCCACUCGGCCAGACGGCCCAUCCACACCCACUCGGCCAGACCACCUAUCCAAUCAUCCCAAAACACCAUCUGUGUCCCGGCCAUCAAUGGCGCCCCAUCUUCAGGUCAACCAGCAGCAACAACCCCACCGGAUGCACCUGGUUGUGGAGGCCUCUGUCGAGGGGAGUUGAAGGAGUGAGGAAUGAGAGGAUGAUCCAGGUCGAGUUGAUUUUUUACUUGUUCUUAGAAAAGGAUGGGAUGGAAGCUUUGUAUUUUGUAUUUUGUAUUCAUGUGUGCGAGGGGAUAAGCUUGGGUUUGACAGUCUUGAGUUUGAUCGAGAAGUGUGAGCUCGUGGGCAGUGGGCUGAUUGGUGAUGAUGUCAUUCUGUGGAUUCGGGGUUUGAAUUUCGGAAAUCGGAGUGCGAAGGUGGUGGUCUUAAACCGUUUGCUUUUACUCCAAAACAAGGAUUUGGUAUGGCCAACAAACCACCACAUCCUCUCCCUCGGAACCAACUUGUAA